UCUCUACAGAAAACCGCUUCAACCGUCUGAAUGUUCUGCUUCUGCAUGAUUUACUGAAUGUUUUGAAUUAACCGAAUGUCUCUUCUGUUUGCAUGUUUUCUCAUUAAAGAUUCAAAAAAUGUUUGCAUGACAGUGAUUAAAAAACAGACGCAUGACGCCUGUUUCGAGGUGUUUUUUUGCACGUUUGUUUUUACCAGCAUGAAGUCGUUUUCCGACUGACUGCAUUCCCGGCCCCAGACUCAUAAAGUCGAUCAGCAGGUUUUUGGUUAACAAAGCUUCCCCGAGGCUAGAUCUGGAGAGGGGAAGCAUGAAGAGGGAUCAUAUUGUGGAAGGGAGGAGACAACUUGCAUAGUUUUACGGUCUUUCCCACCAGUAGUGGAGAGUUUCCCUCCAUGGAGAAGGAGCAGAUGUGUGGAGGGAGCGUCAGAUAGACUAAAGGAGGAGCCUGAGGAGAGGAACAGAAAGCCAAAGGGAGGGGCUGGAUGUGUUUGGUCUUGAGCUGUGAGGGAACAGCAGACGGGGAGCGACCGCCAGCUUCACACACACUCAGCUUUCUAACUUUUCUCUCCCUGUUUUUGUGCUUUUCUUUGUUUUUGUUUUUCCUGGUGGAGCGUGUGCAGAAGCUCCCCCCUGACACCAUGGAUAACUUCCAGACUGUCCUGAGGUUCUUCUUGAACCAGAAAGCCACCAUUGGCUACAGCUUCAUGGCUCUGUUGACGAUAGGCGGGGAGCGGAUUUUCACUUUGGUCUCCUUUCAGUGUCCCUGCAACCACGACCAGAACUUUGCCUACGGGCUGACCUUCCUGCUGGGCCCGGCGGCGGUGCUGCUGCUCCUGGGUCUGUUCUUCAGCACCAAACUGUGGAGGCUCUACACCGGCUGCUGCCUGAAUCCCAUGAAGCUGUGUCCCCGGGGGAACUGCUUCGGCUGCCUCCGAGCCUUCACGAGCAUCUUCACGGGGGCGUGCGUGGCGCCCAUCAUGUGGCUGUGUGUGGCCCUGCUCAACGGGACCUUCUACGAGUGUGCGGUGAGCGGGCUGGACGACAACCUGGUGGUGGAUCUCUUCUGCAAAAACAAGACCAUGAAGUGUCGCGAGGAGCUGGCCCGGGUGCCCUGCGACCGCUCCAGGCUGUCGAGCGACGAGCGCAUGGAGCUGCUGCUGAUGUUCAGAGCUCAAUCACAGAUCCUGGGCUGGUCUUUAGUCAUCAUCGCUGCAGUCGUCGCCCUCCUGGGAACCUGCUACACGAACUGUCGCUCCAAAGUCAGCUACCUGCAGCUCACCUUCUGGAAGCGCUACGUGGAGAAAGAGAAGGAGCGCUUCGACACCUACGCCAUGGACUACGCCACCAAACUGGCAGAGAGGAACCUGCAGAGCUUCUUCGAGAACAAGGCCCCCGAGGCGUUUCCUUUCCCCAGCCACAAGGCGUGGGAGGAGAUCUCCGCCCACUACACCUUCUCCAGGAGCGAGCAGCGCUACAGCACGCUGCAGCACUUCGUGGAGAGGACGGACCGGGACUUCCCCUCGGAGAAGAGACCCGUCCUGGACUCGGAGUACGGGAUAGAGAUGCACUGAAGGAGGGGGAGGAGGAGGAGCGUGUGGUCUUUGUGUGAGGUCAUGAAGGAGGGACAAUCAGUGAACAGAGCAUCAGUGUGAGGAUACACACUCACCACUGUUUAACUCUUAAAUCUAUGACAUGUUGCAAGUUUGACUCAGGAAAAGUUCUCCUCUGUGACAACGCUGCCCUUUCACUGCAGUCCUCCAAAGAAUGUAACCGCUGCCAAAAAAACAAUAACACAACCUCCUGUAAGCACACAAGAGAAUGAAGGGCUUAACCACUAUACCUUAUAUACACUUUGAGUCUUAAUGGUGCAUGGAUGUGACUGAGGCCUUCUAUAACUCUACUAAUGCUGCUUUGAAAACGUUGUCUUCCUCAGAUUUGCAGAGUAUGCACAUUUACUUUCAGAAAGGCAAUCAGGGUUGCAGCUCUGCCUGAACAGACUGAAGCUGCGUUGACUUUAUUAUUUCCUAGAAAUCAGGGAUUUUAGUGACAUCGGUGUUUCUGGACACUUGAAACUUAAAGUGUCUGUCGCCUUAAAGCGAUAGUUCAGAUAUUUUGAAGUGAGGUUGUACGAGUUACUUGUCCAUAGUAAGUGCUUUAGCCACAAGAGGAGCCGGUCAGCUCUGCCCUUUUAUUGAGGAACCAGUCGGAGUGCCGGCACAGAAACAAGGCUGUACAUGGCUCUGAGGGGGCCGUUGGAUAGGACAGAUAUAGUCGGAAAUUGGGGAGAGAGAGAGAGAGAGAGCAGGAAAUGACCCGGACACCCACAUGGAAGAUUAUAGCCAGUGGCGGUUCUAGACCACUUUUACUGAGGGGGCCUAACGGGGGCCAGUUGUUUUAUCAGAGGGGAAAAUUAAACCAAGGUGAAAAAUAGACAAAGAUGAUCGCUUUAAAAAAUAUAUAAAUAUUAUGCCAAAUAUUAGCGUGCAUCAUUAAAUACCAAGUUUUAUAUUUGUUUCAGUAACAGAAUUUAAAGAUUGUGAGUCCGGUUGUUGAGUCAAAUUCUGUGUAUGUGUUUUGAGGGGGGCUCUUCCUUUUGAAAGGGUGGCCACAGGGGGGGCCAAGAUCAGUGUUGGCCCCUGCCUAGAACCGCCCAUGAUUACAGCCUCCAUACAUGCGACGCGACCCAACUGCUAGGCCGAUCUGAACCCCCAAAUUUGUUUUUUGAACGAGGUUAUAAACAACUGCUCCCCUUAUCGUCAUUUUUUGACUUACUGCUAAUACUCACUUCAUACAACCCCGCUUCAAAUAAUCCAAACUGUCCCUGAAAUGAGCAGUGUGUGGAUUUAGCGUCAUACUUUGUAAGUAGUUCCAGAUAGCAACUACUGAUAAAUGAUACCCUAACCCCCCUCCUCAGAGCAUUCUAAGAACGAACAUUGAAGUGCACCAAAUAUGGUCACUUCUGGUUACAAAAAAAACCCCAAGAUGGCGACAGCAAAAAUGCAAAUCUCAGGUUCUUUGUUACAGUGUUGCACAAACCAAAUUUGUGAAGUUACAUUUGCUAUAUCGUCAUUUUAUGAAUAUACCACUUCAUCAUAGCCCAAAACCAAACUGUGUUCUGUUGAGUCCUGGCUGCAUCCCAUUUUUUAAGAAUACUGAGAGUACAAAGAGAGUACGAAGUGUAUGAAAUGCAAAAAACUUAACCAUGAUAAUGUAUUAAGUGUCCUUGUUUGGUGUGAUAUGUAAGAAUAAAUUAAAGCUAACCACUCCAA